GCCCUCUCUCUCGGUGGCUAGACCACGGGAGGCAUCCUUGGGCACCAGCAGGCCCAUCCUGACCAUGGUUCCUGCCUGGCUGUGGCUGCUUUGCCUCCCUGUCCUCAAGGCUCUCCCAGAGGCCCAACCUGCAGAGCUCUAUGUGGAAGUCCCAGAAAACUAUGGUGGGAAUUUCCCUUUGUACCUGACUAAGCUACCGCUGCCCCAUGAGGAAGUUGAAGGCCACAUUGUGCUGUCAGGGGACUCAGGAGUGGCAGGUAGGAGCCCCUUUACUGUGGAUCCAGAGUCUGGAUUCCUGCUGGUGACCAGGGCCUUGGACCGAGAGGAGCAGGCACAGUACCAGCUACAGGUCACCCUGGAGACUGACGAUGGUCGUGCCUUGUGGGGCCCACAUCCUGUGCUUGUGCAUGUGAAGGAUGAGAAUGAUCAGGUGCCCCAUUUCUCCCAGGCUACCUAUAGGGUUCAGCUGAGCCAGGGCACCAGGCCUGGUAUCCCUUUCCUCUUCCUUGAGGCUUCAGAUGGGGAUGAGCCAGGCACAACUAACUCUGAUCUUCGCUUCCACAUCCUGAGCCAGGCCCCACCCCAACCUUCCCCAGACAUGUUUCAUCUGGAGCCUCGGCUGGGGGCUCUGGCCCUCAGCCCCAAGGGGAACACCAGCCUAGACCAUGCCCUAGCGGGGCCCUACCAGCUGUUGGUACAGGUCAAGGACAUGGGCGACCAGGCCUCAGGCCACCAGGCCACAGCCACCAUAGACAUCUCUGUAGUAGAGAGCACCUGGCUGCCCCUAGAGCCUAUCCACCUGGCAGAGAAUCUCGAAGUCCCAUAUCCGCAUCACAUUUCCCAGGUACACUGGAGUGGGGGGGAUGUGCACUAUCAAAUGAAGAGUCAGCCCCCUGGACCCUUUGAUGUGGAUGCAGAGGGGAAUCUCUACGUGACCAGGAAACUAGACCAAGAAGCCCAGGCUGAGUACUUGCUCCAGGUUCAGGCUCAGAAUUCCCAUGGCGAGGACUACACAGAACCUUUGGAGCUGCAUGUGGUGGUGAUGGAUGAGAAUGACAACGCACCUGUCUGCCCCCCACAUGGCCCCCCAGUCAUCAUCCCUGAGCUUAGCCCCCCAGGCACUGAAGUGACUAGGCUGUCGGCCGAGGAUGCUGAUGCCCCCGGCUCCCCCAAUUCCCACAUUGUGUAUCGGCUACUGAGCCCUGACCCUGAGGAGAGGGCAGAGGGGAAAGCCUUCGAGCUGGACCCUACUUCAGGCAGUGUGACACUGGGGGCUGUCCCACUCCAAGCUGGCCAGAACAUUCUGCUUCAGGUGCUGGCCAUUGACCUCGCAGGAGCAGAGGGUGGUCUCAGAAGCACAUGUGAGGUGGCAGUCACAAUCAAAGAUGUCAAUGACCAUGCCCCUGAGUUCACCACUUCCCACAUUGGGCCUGUAAGCCUCCCUGAGGAUGUGCAGCCUGGAACUCUGGUGGCCACACUCAUGGCCACUGAUGCCGACCUCGAGCCUGCCUUCCGCCUCAUGGACUUUGCCAUUGAGACGGGGGACACGGAAGGGAUCUUCUGCCUGGACUGGGAGGCAGAUUCUGGUCAUGUCCAACUCCGACUACACAAGAACCUCAGCUAUGAGGCAGCUCCAAGUCACAAGGUAGUGGUGGUUGUGCGGAGCGUGGAGGAGCUGGUGGGACCAGGUCCAGGCCCUGGAGCCACGGCCACAGUGACUGUGCUGGUGGAGAGGGUGAUACCAGCCCCCAAGUUGGACCAGGAGAGCUACGAAGCCAGCGUCCCAGUCAGCAUCCCAGCUGGCUCCCUCCUGCUGACCAUCCAGCCCUCAGACCCCAUGAGCAGACCCCUCAGGUUCUCCCUGGUCAAUGACUCAGAAGGCUGGCUCUGCAUCAAAGAGGUCUCUGGGGAGGUGCACACAGCCCAGUCCUUGCAGGGUGCCUUGCCUGGGGACACGUACACAGUGCUCGUGGAGGCCCAGGAUGCAGAUGAGCCAAGACUGAGCACCUCUGCAACCCUCAUGAUUCACUUCCUGAAGGCCCCUCCUGUCCCUGCCCUGACUCUGGCCCCUGUGCCCUCCCGACACCUCUGUACGCCCCGCCAGGACCACGGCAUCAUUGUCAGCUGGCCCAGUGAAGACCCUGACCUGACUAGUGGGCCCAGUCCCUACAGCUUUUCCCUUGGUCCCAACCCCACAGUGCAGCGGGAUUGGCGCCUCCAGCCUCUCAAUGGUUCCCAUGCCUACCUCACUCUGGCCCUGCAUUGGGUAGAACCACGUGAACACGCAGUCCCUGUAGUUGUCAGCCACAAUACCCAGAGGUGGCAGCUUCUGGUCCGAGUGAUCGUGUGUCGCUGCAACGUGGAGGGACAAUGCAUGCGCAAGGUGGGCCGCAUGAAGGGCAUGCCCACAAAGCUGUCUGCAGUGGGUAUCCUCGUGGGCACCCUGGCAGCCAUAGGCUUCUUCCUCAUCCUCAUCUUCACCCACCUGGCCCUGGUGAGGAAGAAGGAUCUGGAUCAGCCAGCGGACAGCGUGCCCCUGAAGGCGGCUGUCUGAAUGGUCCCUGAAAGCUCAACUGGGAGUUUGGCCUUUUGUUCCAGCCAAAUCCACUGGGAGUGGGCCCAGCACCUGAGAUCCAGCAGGGGCUGGGACAGAGUAGAAGCUCCUCCACCUGCCCUGGGGCAAAGUUACCGUCACCGGACAUGUCCUGAGAGCCUGAUCACUGACUCUAUGGGCUGCCUGUGGGAGCACUCCAAUGGCAGCAUGUUUGUCCAAUAAUAAAGCCUUAGAGAGCUGGGCUGGGCCCGAAGGGA